CGGGAAAAACCGCCAAACACAUCACAUCCGUUUAAACUCCCCCUACUUUCGAUCUCAGCCGCGAUAACUCGGUUAACCGGAAGUUUCUUCCUUCCUCAGCCUACGACUGCCCACCUCCCACGUUCUACAUCCCACAAAUCACUUGCAUCUCUCCUCCUAUUUCUCCCCACGUUCUCAAUCACUAACUCUCGUCACUAUAUAAGUGGUCGAUUUCAAUAUAAUCGAUCAUUCCAUCGAUCAAUUGCUUCAAACCUUUGUAGCGUCUGAUCAAUGAUGGAACACAAACCCGCUGAAAACGCUUUUUCCUGGAUUAGUACAAGGACGUUCUCACUCAAUUGGAUGAGAUGACAUCGUUUCAGUGGUGGUGGUAUGGAGUUCGAUAGUGGAAUUCCGAUGUCACGACCGCCUGUAACCGCCGAAGUAUCGUCGUCUUUGUCUCCGCCGUUAAACGAAGAUGCAUUGUGGCAAUUGAAAUUGAGAUCAAGGGAAUCAAUGGAGUCAGGACCUUAUCCUGUUCGUGAAGGAGAACCAGAUUGUUCGUACUAUAUCAGAACAGGCCUUUGUAGGUUUGGGGCAACUUGUCAUUUCAAUCAUCCUCCUAACAGAAAACUGUUAGUGGGACUGAAGAGGGAGAGCAGAAAUCUCUCAAGGAGUACAUCAUCCAAAUAA